CACUUUAUUGACAUUAACGGUUAAGUUUGUAUAAUAAUAUGAAGAAACAUAAGCUAUUCUAUUUUAUUUUUGCAGUUGUAGUAAGUUUGUGUGCUUGUGAUGAUUUUAAAACAGUUGAAGUGAAAUUAAAACAAGGUGAUUUGUCAGGCAAGGAAGAAUUUACAUUUAUUAAAGAGCAAAAGUUUUAUUCAUUUAAGGGCAUACCUUAUGCUGAGCCGCCUAUAGGAGAAUUGAGAUUCAAGCCUCCUGUGUCUCAUCAGGGAUGGGAGAGUAUAUAUGAAGCCCAUACCAACAAGCCAACAUGCUUUCAAUACAGCUCUAGAAUGCGAAUAAGUGAAGAGUUUGGCAUGUCAGGCUCUGAAGACUGUCUUUAUAUCAGCGUUUUCACACCGAAUAUACAAGGAUCAGCGCCUGUUAUAGUCUUUGAUUAUAAUGACAAUUUCGGAACAAGCUUUAACGGUACAGAAACUUAUUCUCCUGAUUUUUUUAUAGAAGAAAAUAUAGUUAUUGUUACCAUAAGCCAUCGACUUGGAUUACUAGGUUACUUAACAACAGAAGAUGAUGUAAUACCGGGAAAUAUAGGAUUGAGAGAUUUUAUACUGGGAUUAAAUUGGGUUCAGGAUAAUAUAAAUAAAUUUGGCGGUGACCCAAACUGUGUGACAUUAAUGGGAAACAGAGGCGGAGCAGUAAUUGGAGAUAUUCUACUUCAUUCACCAAAAGCCAAGAAACUUUUUAGUGGUGUUAUAAUACAAAGUGGAACGGCUUUAGAGCCUUUAUUUUUCAGUGAGCAAUCUCGUGAACGUGCCUUUGCCCUUGGUAAAGAAUUAAACAUUACAGCAAGUGAUAGCGAAACAUUACUUAAAGGACUGCAAAAAAUUGAUGUUGAACUUAUGUAUAGUAAGGAAAGCAAUGUAGUACAUCAUUCAGAUGGGGACUUACUAAAGCACAUAUUUACUUUCUCCCCUAUAAUAGAACAUGAUACUCCAGAUGCAAUUCUUACUAAAUUACCAGAUAAUGGUCAAAUUGCAAACGAUGUCCCUAUUUUGAUUGGUAUGAAUUCGAGAGAAGGACUAGACUUAGCUUCGCAUUACAUACAUGAGCCCAAUUUGAUAACAGAAUUAGCACAAGAUUUUCUAUUUUUAUUUCCUAUAAGAACAGACUACACAUUUAAUAAAAAAAGCGAAGCAUAUAAACAAGCAAUAAAAGAAAUACUAAAUUUUUACUUUGAAGAGGGCUUCUUUUAUUAUGGUAAUAUUUUAGAAUACACAGUAUACGUUGGCGACAUGUUACAAAAUUAUGCUCUCAAUUUAGAAGCUAAAAAACUUUCCGGGAAAAUGCAAUCACCUAUAUAUUACUACAUGUUUGACUUUAGGGGACGGUUGAAUGAAAACAGUGAAUAUAUAUCGAAAUACACGAGAUUUGGCUUAAAGCCUUGGGGAGCGACCAUUACAGAUGAAUUAUGUUACUUGUAUUUGUGUAGUCGAAUCAAAAAAACUUACAAAAACCUCAUAAAUCUAGUGAGUGAACAACCCGAAAUAAAAGUUUUGAAAAAAAUGAUCCGAUUAUGGGCCAAUUUCGCUAAAACAAGGAAUCCUACUCCAUUGGACGAAGAUGACGUUUUGAAGAAUGUUAAAUGGCUGCCAAUAAAUAAGGAGAGUAAUAAUGACACUAAUUAUCUUCAUAUUACGAAAACCUUAAAAAUGAAAGUGAAUCCAUUGGGUGACAGAGAGAAGUUUUGGGACAAUUUCUUAGAAAAGUAUUCUAAGCUAGCUGUCGAUGGAUUAGUUCAGGAUACAAAGAAUCGUGAUGAUCACGAAGAAUUAUAGUUAAUAAAUUAUUUAAACUAUUUUAUUUUCAAAUUAUUAAGGCUUAUUACAUAUAAGGCUUAUUAGCGUAAAAGACACGUGUGAAGUAUGCUAUUGUAAAUUUUUACACAUUUAUUUAUUUUAAAGUUUUACCCUUAUAAUGAAUUAAAAAUUUAGACAAAUAAUAAUAUAACAAAUAGUAUAAAAUAUUUUAAUUGAAUAUACUUAAUUGUACACCACAAUCAUAUAAUAUGGAAAAUGUAUAGGACUAAAAAAAAAUAUGUGUUGUUCAACGGAUGGACUUCUGGCUAAUUACCGAUCUCUUUCUGACAACCCGAUCUAAGAGAGAUUUCAAAAAUAUAAACUUGGUAGGUG